CCCGGCCUCUGCAACAUUACCACACAGCGCUCUGGACUACAAAAUCCAUUUUGCUGCGCGCAGGAGGGCGUGGCUUGCAGGGGAAAGGGGCCGUUACGUCUGUCAACGGCUCCAGCAGCGAAGAGGGAGGAGGAGGAGCAGCGGGAGGCGGUGAGAGGGCUCUGAGCUUCCGCAUUGGAGACCGGCCGGUGGGGCCGCUGUGUUGUUGUUGUUGUUGGCUGCUCCCUGCCUGGCGGAGAAUGGGCCAGCGGUGACCGUGUCCAGCCAUGUCUCACCCCCCGCAGUCCCCCUCGCAGGUCCAGCAGCAGCAGAGGAGGAGGGAUCGCCGCAUCUUCUCCGGGACAUGCCCGGACCCCAAGUGCCGGGCCCGGCUCUUCUUCCCGGCCCAGGGCUCGGCCAGCAUCGAGUGCACGGACUGCGGGCAGCGGCACGAGCAGAGGCAGCUGCUGGAGGUGGAGGAAGUGACCGAGCCGGAUGUGGUGCUGCACAACCUGCUGAGGAACGCCCUGCUCGGGGUGGCCGGGCCUCCCAGGAGGAACACUGACAUGGUGAAAGUCAUGGGGCUCUCCAACUACCACUGCAAGCUGCUCUCCCCCAUCCUGGCACGGUAUGGCAUGGACAAGCAGACAGGCAAGGCCAAGCUCCUGAGGGACAUGAACCAGGGGGAUGUGUUCGACUGCUCCUUGCUGGGCGACCGGGCCUUCCUCAUCGAACCCGAGCACGUAGACACGGUGGGCUACGGUAAAGACCGCUCAGGUAGCCUACUGUAUCUGCACGACACUCUGGAGGACAUCAAAAGGGCCAACAGUAACCAGGAAUGCUUUAUCCCGGUCCACGUUGAUGGCGAUGGCCACUGUCUGGUCCAUGCCGUGUCACGGGCGCUGGUAGGUAGGGAGCUCUUUUGGCACGCACUGCGGGAGAACCUGAAGAAGCAUUUGAAAGAUAACUUAGACCGAUACAAAGCUCUUUUUCAUGACUUCAUUGAUGCCGCUGAAUGGGAAGACAUCAUUAAUGAGUGCGACCCUUUGUUUGUUCCUCCUGAAGGUGUACCCCAUGGACUGCGAAACAUUCACAUUUUCGGCCUGGCUAAUGUGCUUCACCGCCCCAUUAUACUUUUAGAUUCUCUAAGCGGAAUGAGGAGUUCUGGUGACUAUUCUGCUACGUUCCUUCCUGGCCUCAUACCAGUGGAGAAUUGUAAGGGCAAAGAAGGACAACUGAAUAAGCCAAUAUGCAUUGCGUGGAGCAGCUCCGGGCGCAACCACUACAUUCCUUUGGUUGGCAUAAAAGGCAUCUCUUUGCCAAAGCUGCCAUUAAAAUUGCUCCCAAAAGCAUGGGGGGUGCCCCAAGAUUUAAUAAGGGAGUAUAUAAAGUUGGAAGAGGAUGGAAGUUGUGUGAUUGGCGGGGACAGGAGUUUGCAGGAUAAAUAUUUACUCAGACUGGUUGCUGCAAUGGAAGAGGUUUUCAUGAACAUGCAUGGCAUUCACCCCAGUUUAGUAGCCGACGUCCAUCAAUACUUUUACAGAAGAACGGGAGUUAUUGGAAUCCAGCCUGAAGAAGUGACCACUGCCGCGAAAAAGGCGGUUCUCGAGAACCGUCUUUUUAAGUGUCUUAUCUGUGGCGCUUUGUCAGAACUUCUUGUCCCCCCAGAGUGGUUGACACAGGGUGGGAAAUUAUAUAAUCUUGCAAAGACCACUCAUGGACAGCUGAAGCCUGAUAAAAACUAUAGUUUUCCCCUUAACAAUAUAGUCUGUUCCUAUGAUAUUACAAAUGACAUAUUGGUGCCCGACUAUAACUUGAGUAAUUUGACUAGUUGUAAUUGGUGCCGUGGAAAUUCUGUGCGUAGAGUCAGAAGUGAUGCCUCAAUUGUAUAUAUAGAUGGAGACCGAACAAAUACCAGGUCACUUGGUGGAAAAUGUGGUUGUGGGUUCAAACAUUACUGGGAUGGUAAAGAAUAUGACAACUUGCCUGAAGCCUUCCCUAUUACUCUUGAGUGGGGUGGAAGAGUAGUGAGGGAGACUGUGUACUGGUUCCAAUAUGAAAGUGAAGUGACUCUCAAUAGCAAUGUGUAUGACGUUGCAAUGAAGCUUGUCACAAAGCAUUUUCCUGGGGAAUUUGGCAGCGAAAUUCUUGUACAGAAAGUGGUUAACACAAUAUUACACCAGACUGCCAAAAAGAACCCUGGUGAUUAUACACCAGUAUCUAUUGAUGGAGCUCAUGUACAAAGAAUAGAGGAUAUGCAGAUGGAAAAGGAGCCAGAAUCCCAGCUGCCCACCAAAAUCAUCUUAACUGGUCAGAAAGCAAAGACUUUGCACAAAGAGGAACUAAAUAUGAGCAAAGCAGAAAGGAAACUUCAGCAAAAUAUUUCUGACCAAGCCAUCAUAAUGCAAAAACGCAAAACUGAAAAAAUGAAACAAGAACAGAAAGGACAAGCAAGGACAUCAUCCCCUGGAAGUGUCAGAGACAGUUCAUCAUCAGGCCCGUCAACACCCACUAAAACACCUUACUCCCCAACAUCAUCCAAAGAAAAGAAAAUUCGGAUAACAACCAAUGAUGGUAGACAGGCAAUGCUCACAUUAAAAUCCUCAACCACCUUCUUUGAACUGCAGGAAAGUAUAGCCAAAGAGUUGGAUAUCCUUCCCCAAUUGCAAUGCAUACGUUAUGGAUUCCCACCAAAAGAACUUUUACCACCCAGAGAUGGCAUGGAAAAUGAGCCAGUUCCUUUACAACAUGGUGACCGGGUCACAGUAGAGAUUUUGAAGGCCAAGGACAAAGCUGUUCUUCACACUUCACCUCACUCUGUCCAUAAUGUGAAAGCCGAGGACCCAGCAGUGUCUGCUAAAUCAGUGUCUAGAGAACUUCAAGAGCAGAUUGACAAAGAAAUGUAUUCUUUAUGUUUGCUGGCAACUUUAAUGGGUAAGGGAAAACAAUUCAUUUUAUCCAGGGGGGCACUCUUUAAUUUAACAUUCAAUUUGCCUGUUUCAUCUGUGUUUUGGCAUUCACUAUAUUGUUUUUUCCCUUCUCCUUCAAGCCUUUCACAUCUUUGUGUGUCCAAAUGUGAUAUAUACGGAGGAUAUAGCCUUCACUCCAUAGAAGUUGGGUCAAUUUGUUUAUGUUCUAUAUUGGAUUCAGUAAAGUAUGAAUUAUCAUGAAUUCAAAGUGAAUUUAACAUUUUAGGCCAAAAUAGUUGAAUGUGAACAUUCUCUCAUAUUAAGUCAUUUAUGUUUUCAGUCAACAAUAUUGGACUAAAAGUAGAAAUGGGACAGUUUCCACUUUAGAACUGUUUUUUUUUUUUUUUUCCAUCUUCAUAAAUGGAGCACUCCUUAGCCACAUUGAUAAUGUGGAAGAGGCGGAGAGUGCUUAGCUACCUCCAAAGUAUUCUCAUCCAAUUACCACUAUCCCGGCAGGACAUUAUUGAUAAUGUGAAAAUCAUAAUAAUGCAUUGGCAAUGUACCAGAGGAGUGGAAAACCCCCAAUUUGUUAUUAGCGUUAAAUAUUAGAGAUUCCGGUUUCUGAUUUAUGUUAUCCUCCUAAUUGGUGUUUGUCAGGCUAAGAAUUUGUACUUUGGCUAAAGUUAAUAUUGCGAUAUGGAGUCAAGGUUUAUAACUGCAGGUAAUGAUCAGAGUAUAAAAAUUAACUAGUUGAUAAAAUAUUUCUGUUCUGUCCUUGAAACUAUGCUUGCAUGCAACAUGCAACCCAAUAACACAAAAGUCUGUAUGGCUACUGUGCUGGAGGCGUAAAUAGCACUUUGAAGACUAAUGCAUUGCUAGUCCUACUUAAUCAAAUACUGUCUUGCUAAGAGCUGGAAAGUUAACGUCCUUGUAUCAGCAGCUAUCUGCAUUUUCUGUUUCCAAGUGAAAUGCCGAAUAAUGUUUAUACCACUAGAGUGUUUUCUCGGUGCUGUAGUUAUUCAUAAUUCAGUUUGUUGGAUUGUUUGGCAUCAGAUUGCAAAUGUUCUAAGUUUUGCCUUUGGAGCAAUGUAAGUGCAUAUCUCAUUAGAAUUUUCAGUUUCGAUUCUUCGUUGUUAGGUUCACAGUACCUCUGCACUAUAAAGGAGAACUCCACGUUGACUUGUCAGCUGAAGUGUCAGAGUCUAGCUGUCACUGGAGAUAUUAUUGUUGCUGACCUUUGGCAUACUAGAUAGGAAAUAAAGUUUUCGUCAGCUGCUUCUCAUUGCUAGAAAGAAGGUUUCUUCCUUCUGAAUAGAAGUUAUAAUGAACUCAAACCCUGCCUGGUCUGACUUGUAGUUUUACAUAAUUUUCACUAAGCUGGUUUUAUUCUUUAAAGAAAUGUUUGUUCUGCUAAUUGAAGGCCAUAUUUCUCAGUGUUACUAAGGAUGCUUAUGGGAAAUCUGAACAAUUGUGACUCAGAAGAAACAUUGCUGUCAUGCAAGAUUCUUUUAUAUAAUCAAGUGUGUGUUAGCCACAUUACAUAUCAACUUUUCUUGGCAUCUAGCCUGGCUGUGAAAGAGUGUAUGUGCGUGUUUAUUUUUAAUUAACUCUUUUAGAAUUUAAAGCAUUAAAGGUGCUUUUAAUUAUUCUAAAUCCCUACAUGCCUUUUUAUGGUGUUAAGCUGUUGUCAGGUCCUUGUCGAACCAUUUCUGGGAGCCACCUGCUAGAAUUGCCGUGCAAAUACUCUGUCUAUGAAAGCCAGAAUAUGGAUGAAUUUAAAGGGACACUAUAGUCACCAAAAUCACUUUACGAAGCCGUUUUGAUGUAUAGAUCAUGGCUCUGAAGUUUCACUGCUGACUAAGCAGGGCGUAGCUAAAAUGUUUAAUCCUGAACCUCCUUUGAGUUCAGUGGAAGAGCUGUACAUGUGAACAGCCAAUGCAAAUAGCGGUAAUACUGUACGUCUGUACAGAACCAUAGAACAAAGCAUACUGAGCUUCCGUAUGGCUUACACUACCCCUUUUCAUAUCUCCAGUCCAGACCCAUCACAGUUUAAUUUCUCAGAAUAUUAGGAGGUAUGCUGGAGCACCAUUCUAGAAAUCUGCUGGAGGGUAAUCUAUGCUAUUGCUUGUGUCGUGCAAGCUAUUGUGAAGGUUGCAUUUCAGUACACUCGUGGUGCCAGAGAUCGAAAAUGAACAACCAGUUAGCUAUGUUUACGGUUUACCUUGAUGUUAUAGGGUAGAGUCAGGUCUGUUAGUGUUCACAUUAUGCUGCAUUUAAUUCACUUCAGUUUGCUGUGCUGAUGGGGCAGAUGUCAGUAAUAUAAGUUCCAACACUUUCGGUCUAUCAGAUUGACAAUCUGACGUAUACUUGCAAUGGAUUCUGCCACCGCAUUGCUGGACUUUGCAGCAGUUCUAGAUUAACGCAAAUACAUUUAUCUUGUUCCAUAGCAACAAUUAGAAUGUAAUGAAAUUGUUUCAUGAAGAAAGAAGAGACUUGAUAUAGCUCAAAGACAUUCAUUUAAUAUCUUAUUCAAAAUAUAGCUUUAACACUGCUCAUUUAACGUAAUUUAAAAAUUUUUCCCUCCUGUUGUUUACAUUGUGCUAGCAAAUGUAAAGUUUAUGCACAAGGGGUAUACCUGCUAGAAUGUAGAGGUUAUGUAUUCAGUAGACCAUGGCCUAUGCAAUUGCUUGGCUCCCUAUUGUUUUCAAAUUGAGUCAGUGGAGGCCCUAUGACUAGUAGUAAGGAGUUUAAAAAUAAUUUCAUAAUCUAACCUGUGAUAGUGAGUGGAACUUGUUUAAUGGAUUAUCCAAGUGGAUCUUGUGCAGAUACCUGUGGUGUGAUAGCACACCAGUGACACCACUACUUGCUAGGAACUCAGGAUGGCCUGGAUCCACAAGAUGGAGGUGGUAAAAAUGGAGAGCUCUAAGUAUUUCCCCUUUCUUCCACUUGACACCAGCAUGAAAGUGAUCAUGUCACAUUUAGUGUUCCUUGGAAAAAUUAUGUUAUUAUUCAACAAAUUCCGCAGCGCUUUUCAGUGGGUGAACAAACAAACUUGUAGUUGUAACCAGACAAGCUGGACACACAGGAACAAAGGGGUUGAGGGCCCUGCUCAAUGAGCUUACAUGCUAGAGGGAGUGGGGUAAAGUGACACAAAAGGUAAGGAUAGUAUUAGACUAAUGACAGUUGCAAGAGAGGAAUAAGUCGGUUGCUAUUAACAGUUUAAUUUAUACGCUUUUAUGAAGAAGUGGGUUUUUAAUGAUUUUUUGAAGGAGUGGAGACUGGGUGAGCAUCUAACGGAGGAGGGAAGUGAGUUCCACGGUAACGGUGCGGCCCUCGAAGUCUUGAAGGCGAGCAUCAGAGGUGGGAGUACGGACAGAAGAAAGACGUAAGUCUUCAGCAGAGUGUAAGGGCCUAGACGGGGCAUACUUGUGUAUGAGGUAGGAUAGAUAGGUGGGGAGCAGCAUUAUGGUAGAGAUUUGAAAGCAAGAACCAGAAUUUUAAAUUGAGCCCUAUAUCUUACAUGAAGCCAAUGUAGGGUCUGACGGAAGGGUGAGGCGUGGGACGUGCGGGUGGACAGGAAGAUGAGUCUCACUGCCGCAUUCAUUAUGUACUGUAAUGGUGCAGGUUGGGAGCACAUAAGACCACUGAAAAGCAGAUUACAGUAGUUAAGGCGAGAAAGGAUAGUGGAAUGGACCAUAUGUAAAUAUCCAUCAAGUAAUAGAUGUCCUUUUUGUUACUCUUGACUAGUAUGCUAUAGUUCCAUUAGGCGUCUCCUUAAUACAUUGGUCUUUAAUUCAUGACGCAAGAUCUUUGAUACAAGAGUACCUAAUGUUUUUUUUAGAAAUAGGGAUCGACCAAUAUAAUUUUUGGUCGAUACUGUUGAACGGUUGCCUUUUAGGUUAAUUGCUGAUUUUCUGCACAUUUAAAAAAAAACAAAAACAAAUGUUUGUUUUUUAACCCCUUAAUAACACAUGACAUGUGUGACAUGUCAUGAUUCCCUUUUAUUCCAGAAGUUUGGUCCUUAAGGGGUUAAGUAACUCAAUUGCUACACAAAUCUGGAAUUAACUAAACAUACUGACAGAAAUCACACUCCUAUCAGUCUCAGGCCACUACAUGCUGGGAUCAGUGAGAUCCCAGCAUUUUUUUUUUAAAAGGGACACUGUAGUCACCCAGACCACUUCAGCUCAAUGAACUGGUCUGGGUGCCAGGUCCCCCAGGUUUUAACCCUUCAGAUGUAAAUAUAACAAUUUCAGAGAAACUAUGUUUACAUUGCAGGGUUAAUCCAACCUCUAGUGGCUGUCUUCCUGACAGCCGCUAGAGGCGCUUCUGCGACGCUGCAUGCGAAAUUUGUCCAUUGAGAAAUGCUUUCCUAUGGACUGUUUGAAUGUGCGCGGCACUUGCCGUGCAUGUGCAUUCAGCUCCACUCGGGAGCUGAUGGCGGGGGAGGAGAGGUCACCAGCGCCGAGGGACCCCGGCGCUGGAUUAAAGUAAGUAGCCGAAGGUGGGUCCUAAGGACGAGUUUGUUUUCCUGACACUAUAGUGAUCCUUUAAUUUAUUAUGGGCAUUUAUAAAGCACCAACAUAUUACGCAGUGUAGUGUACAGUGCUGUUACUGGUAGGAUUGUGCUGUCAGCAAUCACACGCCUAUCACGCUCAGUCAGCCAACCCAGUACAUUACAGUAGGUUAUUCACUGUCUUACCUCUCUGCCUUCAGCUGAGCUCUGCAUGAGGGGACUCACAUAAAGCGGUGACAUGAGGUCACAAUGUGGCACUUCAUUGGCUGGAGGCUAGAGUUUCCAGAAGACUGAGUGUGGUGACUGGGAGAAGUUACCGGUAAUAUUGUUAAAUGAAAUUAUCGGUUAAAUACUGAAUAUCUUCUCUGAUAAUGAGGAUCUCAUAAUCUGCCUAUCCCUAUUUACAAUGAAGAAAACAAAUAUCUUAAAAUAUAAAAGUCAAGACUCUUUCUUUACUUUUUUUUUUUUUUUUUAUUAGUCCACAUUGCCAAAUGUUGGAGCAGCCUAAUUGUAUUUGUUUAUCUCUUGGCACAUGGCAGCUCAAGACCUGCUGUCAUGCUAUGAUUUCAAGUUGUUUACCCGUUUUGUCUGAUGAUGAGCUGUAUUCAGGGAAGAGGCUGCAGCAAAUGCUUUUAGUAGUUUUUCUUUUCUCUUCCUUUUUUUUUGUGUUUUGUAAAAGCCUACAAAUGUUUCAUUAUUUAUACAAUCUGUAAUGGUAAAUUAAUGAAAUCAUAUGGAUUUUCAGAAGCAAUACAUUGAAUUCUGCCAUAUUUUUGUUUAUUUUGUAACCGCUUGUUUGUAAGAAGAAAUGCUGGCGUGUCCAAAAGUCUGUAGAAUUAUCUGAAAAUGUUUGUCUUUCUGUGUGUGUGUGUGUGUGUGUGUGUGUGUGUGUGUUAGUUAUAAUAUAUUGUACAAAUGCCCAUUCUAGUUUUAAAUCCAAAGCAAUCUUUUAGUGUUCCUUCUAAUGCCUUUGAUGUUUCUGGGGUGUUUUUUCUAUUGGUAGUGGAAAGCUAAUAUUUGGCACUCUGCUAUACACUAUGUUUCCCUUGAUGCUCCUUCAUGAGAAACAAAUCCCACUGGGUGUUUUUCUGGCUGGCUCUUGAUAUUGUUAUUUUAUGUGACAAUCUCUCAGUGCAUAUAGCUUGAGCCACAAUCUUCAACACAAUGUCGUAUCCCCAGUCUACGAGUUUGAAACACUUGGCAUGUAAUAGCAACUGCACUGAAAUAUAACAGAUUUGGCCUGCGUUCUGCACUUGUCACACUGCAAAUGUUGCAGUCUGCUUUGUGAAAUAAAAUAAAACAUUUAUAAAAUGAAGUGUUAAACAAAAGUAUUUUAAAAUCUCAUAACCACGUGUAUAAAGAAUCUUAUUACAUUUAGUAGUGUGUCCUACGAACACAAUGGACUUCUCUUAUAAUAUAUAUCUUUGCUACUAUAGGGGGGGGAUUUAAAUAUUUAUGUGGCCCAUUUUUUAUAGUUUAGAAAUGUUACCUUGUGCUGUAUAGAGUAUUGGGUGCUUGAAUCAAUAAUUUUUUAUUUUUUUUUGGUGUGAAUUUUAAAGCAACACUUAAAUCAUUAGUUUUGUCAGUUUCCCGAUUUUCCCGAUUCCCGCAUAUAGCUUCUACAGAGCUGAAGAAGCAGAAAACCAAUACCGCAAACCAUUCCUUGACUUAAAGCAUUAGCUGACCGCUCUGACAAUGAACGUAACUCUGUGGAUAGGAUGCAUAGAGUUUAUAUUAGCAAGCGGUAGCUCUUGUUCCUUUAUAGCUAAUGACACUGCCUGAGGUUAAAUUACACCUCGGGCAUAGUGAAACACUGCGCAUACAGACUCCAGACACCAUGACCACUUCAGAUCACUGAAGUGGUAAUAGUGCUUGAAGUAACCCUUUAACUUCCUUACACUGGCAUUGCCAAUACUGCAUAAAUAUAAUUGCUGUAUGUGAACUAAGUAAGACUCCAGAAUACAGCGCAGAAAUGGAUUAAAGUUGAUGCAUAGGUUUUAAAAGGUGUUUAUAUUUUUGUUUUGGUAUAUAUCAACCACUUUACUAUUGCUGCUGCACAAACUGUAUUUUCCUUAAAAAUAAAACCCCAAAAUAGUUUUUAAGAUGCAUAACAAAAAUGCUUUAAAUCUUUCUUUUUUCUUUCAGGUGAAGAUGUAUGGACCUAUGUGAAGGGGCUUCCUCAUUUAUUCCACCAAGGAGGAGUAUUUUAUAAUAUAAUGAAGAAAAAUAUGGGUAAAGUGAAAAAGAAAAAAAAAACAUGCUUUUAUUUUGAAUUCACUUUUAAUUAUUUGUUAAAAUUAAAGAAAAAGUUGUUUGAAAAUGAUGGCAUAAAAUAUCUUGUAUCUCUUGUAAGGGCAUUUUACCAUUAAUCGAUUUUAUGUCUGAUUAUUUAUCAUUAAUUUUGCUGAAAAAAAUGAAAUAAGUUUUUCUGCUUCAUUACAGCAUAACCCUGCCCUCUUAUCCAUGCACCCUAUUUUCAGAAUUAAAAUUCCUUAUUGGAUCUACUCUACUUAGCCAAUGAGAGAGUGUGAGCUGACAUCACUCCAGCCCAUAGCCAGUCACUAUUAUGAAUUGUCCCCUUUACUUUUAGCACGGCUGUUAAAGUAGUAAUAGCAGAGUCAAGUAAACGGCUCAGCUUGCACUGGUUGUAUUGACUGAGCCACUGCUUCCCAAGCAAGAAGAUGUAUUGUGAAAAGGGGAGGCGUGCCUAAGAGAGUUAUGCUACAGAAAAUAUCAAAUGUGUGUGUAUGUGCAAGGAUAUUCCACACAUCAUAACCAAUUCAGCUGGUUAUGAAACAUGGAGUUACCCUUUAAACAUUAUUAGCCCUUCUACUAGGGCUUUUACAGCUUAUACAGAUUUUUACUUGUACGUAAUAUGUUUCACAAAAUGUAUCUAAGUAAUGUAGGAACAUAUACUUUAGUAAGAGUGUACUUUCUGAAGUCCAGAGAUUCCACAAAUAUAUUUACUAAACUUAGAAUUUUAGAAAAUCGACAAGGGAAUUAUCGGUUUUAGAUCACAAUAUUUAUUUAUAAAAUAUUUUACCAGGAAAGAUACAUUGAGAUUUCUCUCGUUUUCAAGUAUGUCCUGGGUCCACAAUAUGCAGAGUUUAGCUAUUUUGGGCCUUAUAUGUGAAAUUCCGUUGUUCGUUUUCCGCAGUUCUGUUUUCUAAAUAUACCCCCAAGGCUUUCGGUCUUCUCCCUAGGUUAUGUUGUUGGAAAGAGUUCUAAAAAUAAGCUGACCUGCUAUGUUCGUAAGAGGUUGACGUAAAGCCACAAGAAAAAACUGUGCCCUCUGCACAAACCAAGAACUCUUAUACCACUUAGGAAAGCUCCAAUAAUCUGUGUUCUGUUUGAGGUGUUUUUAAAAACAUUAACGUUUCUGUACUGUCAUCAGCCAUAUUUCACUUAUUUUUCUUAUUCACACCCAUUUUCUUUUACUUAUCUCUCAUCCAUCUCUACUGCAAGUUUUCUGACAUCACAUUUGUCUCAUACAUUUAAUUUAUUUUUUCCUUAAUUUACUUUGUGCUCUUUACUACUGUCUUGUAUUUGCUUUAUUUUAUUAAAAUGAUUUCCAUUUUGCUUCAUAUUGUUCUUGGUAAAUGCUUCUCUUAUUGUGUUGCAUUCUUUGGCCAUGAUCCUUACAUCUUUUCUUAUUAUAUUUUGUCUAUCGCUAGAACUGCAAUUUACACAAACACAUUACCAAUUCUUUAUUUUAUCUUUUCUUAGGAAUAGUUGAUGGAAAACAUUGCACGUUUCCUCACCUUCCUGGCAAAACAUUUGUCUACAAUGCAGCUGAAGAUAGGCUCGAUCUCUGUGUGGAUGCUGCAGGUCAUUUUCCAAUAGGCCCUGAGGUUGAAGAUUUGGUAAAAGAGGCAUUGAGCCAAGUCCGCUCAGAAGCCGCUUCCAGAAGCAGGGAGUCUAGUCCAUCACAUGGUUUGAUGAAGCUAGGCAGUGGUGGAGUAGUGAAAAAGAAAUCUGAGCAGCAUCACAAUGUGACAGCCUUUCAAGGAAAAGGACACUCGCUGGGAACAGCUUCUAGUAGCCCCGAUCAUAAUCAGAGACCAAAAGAUGCAACAAAGCACUGCGCAACAUCUGAUUUCAAUAGCACUUUCACCUAUUCAGACACUUCAUUGCCCUCCACAGCCAGUGACGGUGAACUUAUCAGAGUAGCUCCUGGAAUGGUAACCAUGAGAGAUAGUCGGCAACUUGAUCCCAAUUUAGUUGAAGCCCAGAGGAAGAAAUUGCAGGAAAUGGUUUCUUCCAUUCAGGCUUCAAUGGAUAAGCACUUACGGGAUCAAAAUGCUGAGCAAUCAGUUGGGACUGAUACUUCUCCAAAAAAGGGAGAAUGGCUUCCUGCAAAGCCUUUGAGCAGUCAGACAAAUACAUGUACGGACACGACUGUUUGUUCUGGUACACAAGAUAGUUAUGUUGCUAGUUCUGUGGAAAACAUGUUAUCUGUGAGGCCUAAAAUUCAACCAGGAGUUUCUGCAGAGUCUUCAGAAGAAAUGGACAGCCAAGAUGUAGAAAUGACCAACAUAGCGGAGCCUAUGGAUCAUUGAUUAGUACAAGCUUCCGUGUAAAGCAGAAUACAUAAAUAUAUUCUAAUAUGUUGUAUGUUGGCUGGCCCACAGUGUGAUAUAGUCCUUUACAGAAAUCUUGUAUGUUUAAAAGAAUAUUAAACUCCUUUUCGCUGCAUGAAAAUGUGUGUAAUUGAGGGUGGUGGUGAAAAGCUGUCAAGGUUAUUCUAGCUUGAAAUAGAUUUGGAAAUAAUUUGUAAAUGUAAUGUGAAGGUCUGUGUUCAUGCAUAUGGAGAAACACGUUGCCUCUUUCAGUGCUGAAGGAGCAUUUAGUAACAUGCAUUGCUUGGCCACUUUACACCCAAUACAUAGUCUGACGAACUGAUCAAUUAUAAAUGUGCUGCUCUGCAUUCUGUUCAAAUUAAAGACAUUCAUCACAACAGAGCAGGUUCUGAGAUUAUUAAUCAGCUCAUGGCUUCAGUAUCUAGUCAGAUUUUGAAAUCCUAACAUGGAUUAUUCAGUGGAAAAUACUAACCAGUAUCUCAUUUUACUCUGCUUGAGGUUUGAUAAUUAGUUUGGCGAGAGGUUGAACUUUCCCAUGUAGUUUUUAAAUUGUGAGGAUUUGUUGAUGCUUUAAAAUUAGAUGUCUGUAGCAUGGUGGUGGACAUUUUUAAGCUCCUAUAAACACCAUAACCACUACAGCUUGCAGUCGUGGUUAUAGUUCAAGGACCUGGUGCUCUCCCUGGGUAAGUAGACAAACCAUGAUAAAUAGUUCGAUAAUAUACCUGGGAUCUGCUUGGUGCUAGUCACAGCAUUUUCUGGAGCCUAAUGUUCCAUCAACUUCACUGAGCUUAGCCCUGUCUAGCCAGCUCAUUGACUCAGAGCAUUAGCUGAGUUCUCUCAGGCAAUGAACUAAGCCCUGCACCACUAGGAUUAACUCAAUGCAAGGAGAUCCUGCCAACAGAUUAGGAUCUGAGCAGACCCCAGGUAAGUUGUCAAAUGGUUUGACUACUUACAUUGGAAGAGUGCCAGGGCACUCCUACUUUUACCUGGCUUAGUUCAGAAAGAGUUUUUCCAACUGUCAGGUUGAGGAUGUAGAGGUGGGGAGCGGCACUCAGCAGACCCCAGAUAAGUCAGAUUAUUCUGAAACAGUUUGACUAUAUACAAAGUGGGAAGCCCUCUUGGCAUCAUAACCAAUACAGUGUGCUGUAAUGGUGCUUGGAGUGUUCAUUUAAUGAUGUUAAGAAAUCUUAAUCAUUUCCAUGGAGAGACUAUUUUUGGGCCCUCUAUCACACACUCACAGGGAUAAGGUAAACCAAAAUUAUUUGAAAUUAAAGGACCACUAUAGUGCCAGGAAAACAUACUCGUUUUCCUGGCACUAUAGUGCCCUGAGGGUGCUCCCACCCUCAGGGACCCCCUCCCGCCCGGUUCUGGAAUAGGGGAAAGGGGUUAAAACUUACCUUUUUCCAGCGCUGGGCGGGGAGCUGUCCUCCUCCUCUCAGCCCAUUCGGCUAAAUGCGUACGCGCGGCAAGAGCUGCGCGCGCAUUCAGCCGGUCACAUAGGAAAUCAUUUACAAUGCUUUCUUAUGGACGCUUGCGUGUUCUAACUGUGAUUUGAGACAGCCGCUAGAGGCUUUGGUGGAAGGCUUAACCCUAUUAUAAACAUAGCAGUUUCUCUGAAACUGCUAUGUUUAUAAAAAAAAAAAAGGGGGGUUAACCCUAGCUGGACCAGGCACCCAGACCACUUCAUUAAGCUGAAGUGGUCUGGGUGCCUAGAGUGGUCCUUUAUUCCUUAGUGAGACACUUUUGUGGACAGUAGCUUACCAUGUGUAUUUAGAGCACUUUAGAAAUAUUACAUAUCUAUCUUCUUAAUGCCACAGGGUUACAGCUCAGUCUGAAACCACUAGUGUAAAAAAAAAAAAACAAAAAAACAGGCAAUUUGUGCAAACCGUUUCCCCAAACUAAUCUCUCUGUAUUCAUACUCUGUCCUUUUAAACUUUUUCCAUUUACUGCUAUGCUGUAAGUUUAGCAAAAAAAUGUCAACUGUUUAAAAUAUUCAUAAUUAAAUACUUGUGGAUACUGGCCUCAAAACAGGUCAGACUUAAAGAAAAUGUGUCCUGUGUUUGGUCUUCAAUAAAGUGAUCAUUAGAAAAUAUUUCUAUUUUAAAUUGGUCCUUGUCAUGCGAAUGGAUGUUGAUCACAUCCAUCAAAUUUUUUCUCAUUAGCCUGUUAGCAUGAUUUUAAAGAGAUAAUACACAAACACCCAAAUUACAGAGCUUGCAAAGCACAAUUCUAGAUCCCACAAGUACUAGCUGGCUUCCUAAGGUGUACUUGAUGUGCAUGGCUACUCUACAUCUAGGAAAUUAAAUUAUUUAAAACAUGCAUCCCUUUAAAUGACAAAAAGGACAAUAGUGUUGUGGUGGCUGAGUUGCUUUUUAUUGCCAUGCUUUACCCCACUAAAACCCAGGCCCAAUGUAGGGACUGUCCUUCUUAAAGAGAUUUACUGAGAGGUAUAUUUAGAAACAAAUCCGUUUCUUGUCAAAUUUAAUAAAGAAUUAUUUAGAUCUAUAGACAAGGCAGUUUGAUAGAGCAGUUCAGGAACUUUAGUCUCCUUUAAUGUCAUUUCUAGCUGUCUUUAAUGUGCAUUGUAGCUGUAGCUAAAUAUAUUUACUACGAUCUAGAAGAUUAUGACGAUACAGUAUAAAUAAGACUGGGAAAAUCAAAAGAAGUAAUGAAGUUGUUAUACUUUGACUGUACAGCAUUGUCACUACCUACUAUUCAAACCUUGGCUAGUGGCAUAGGACUUGAAAUUUGACAUUCUGGCACACAUCAAUAGAAAGAAAGAUGUUUAAAGUCAAGAUGCCAAAUUUCAAGUCCUAUGCCACUAGCCAGGGUUUGUAACGUACUUGCCGCUGCAAGUGUGGAGGGAAUGUGGCAUGUUCGGCAGGAUGCAAAUUGUAUGCCCUGCUUAUAUAAUUGCUCAGAUCAGAUGUACAAUGCCAGAUUUCCUGUGUUUUAAACCAUAACUAAAAUGAUCCAUGUUCAGAGAAUUUAAAAUUCUUAUUAACAUACUGAAGCUAAGCAUGCAUGCCAUAAAUAGUAUCUCUAUAAAAGAACACAAGCUUUCUACCUUAUGGUGUAACAGGGUAGUGCUUCAUAAGCACUUGGCUACUGUCACAGUGUAGUGCUACAAUUGCUCUUGAUAAAUAUGCUGUUACAUGACAUUUUUCUGCAGUCACAUGAUAUGGUUUUGAACACUACAACUUGCGUUUCCAUUUUACCUUGCAUUUUACCAUAUUACCUUUCAUGCUUUAUUUAUUCAUGAAUAUACUUUGAUUAAAGUUAAUUCAGUUUGAAAAGUGAAAUAUUCAAAUUACAUUGUUUACAGUUUGUUUUUAAAUGUAAGAGAUUGUAAAUUAUUUUAACCUUUCCCCCUAUGGUAUUACCCUGGUAAAUACGAUUUUAAUAUAGAUUAAAUAUGGCCUUACUGGGAAAUGGUUUUUAAACGUGAGUAGCCGCUGGAAUUUCAAGUAGUAGUAUAUUUAUUCUACUAUAAGGAGUAUUUGUUUCUCAGACACUGAAAUCUUCAUAGAAUGUCACGCAUCACUGUAUGAGACUGUUCACUUCCAAUCACUUUUAUUAUUGCCUUUAUAAUAUGGCGUAAGUUCUGAACAAACUUGAAUUGGAUUGGCUGAAAUCGGCAAGGGGGCAGGGCCGAACGCAGUUUUGACCAAUCAGCACCUCCUCAUAGAUAUGCAUUGAAUCAGUGCAUCUCUAUGAGGAAAGUUCAGCGUCCCCAUGCAGAGCGUAGAGAUGCUGAACAGCACUUCUGCCUACUGAGCCAGGAAGCACCUCUUAGUGGCCAUCUAAGGAGUGGCCACUUGGAGGUGUCACUAGGGGCAAUGUAAACACGGCAUUUUCUCUGAAAAGGCAGUGUUUGCAUGAAAAUGCCUGAAUAUAAUAAUUAUACUCACCAGUACAACUACAUUAAGGUGUAGUUGUUUUGGUGACUAUAGUGUCCCUUUAAAUUCAGUUUUUCUAAACAGACAUAUUAGGAAUAAGAAGCCUUGAGAGUAAUUGUCCACUCCCAAAUGAUAUACCCAUGAUCCAUACACUAUUUUACUGAAUCCUUCCCAGUUCUAAUCACAUAAUGAUCCCAGUAGAGGUGGACUUUGUUGCUUAUUUUGCGUUUUCUUUAACAGCCACCUAAGCAAAGUAUUGCAAUUGUUGUCACACUGGUUUGCACUAGACCACUAAAGCUCAUUCCGUACGAUUUAGUAGAUAAUUCAUUGUGCCAUAACACUUUUAUAGACAAUUAUACAUGGUCACAUUCCAUAGGAAAAUUCAAAUCAGAUUUUUGUUUGACUAUAAAUAAAUGUAAAAUAAAGAUAACCAAUUAUCACUUUAAAUAUCACAUGUACAUAAUUUGAUAUUAGAAAUGUAUGUAGUUUGGCAGAGCCUUGUUCUUGAUAAUAUAUACAUAUGUAAGGUGUGUUUAAUAUAAGUUAACUGCAGAAUUUGUGAUUUAAAAAACUUUUUUUUUUGUUUGUUCUGUCAGAGCAACCUGUUAUAGUGUUGUUUCUGAAACUGAAUUAGCAGAUCAAAUUCAGCCGUUGCUGCAUUGCAAAUAAAGUAACAGCCUCGAGAUGUAUAGAUGACAAGGUCACCUUCAGGUAGGCAUAAAAUUUGAAUCUUCAUAACCUAAUGACAUCUCCAUCAAACCUAUAGAUUAAAAUAUAUACAUCGUUGAAUGUUUCUGCCUUCUCCACAUUGGCUCUGCAUUGAAUGUGGGUGUCUCCCCACUCUUUAAAUCUUGUGAGCGGUCAUCCAAAAUUCCUAGCUUGCAGCUCACUUAUGCAAGUAGGUAUUGUGGCAAGCCUCUCACAGCAUGUUGGGAGUGAGAUGAUGCACACAUUUCUUCCUGCCUUGUUUGCUACUUUUAUCUCAAUGCUGGUGGCAUAGUAGAACCAAUUCUGAAAAAAUAAACAAUGUACUCUGUAUAUUUGUGAUGUUUAGAUCAAAUGUAUACAAUGUAUGGAAAAAUGUAAUCCUUCAGAACAUUGUCAUUUUUUUUUAAAUACUGAUAAAUCCCAUCCCAAAAUAUUAUAUAUUUUCAAGUUAUUUAUUGGAAAUGUAAAUUGUCAGGAAUUUCUUCUGAGUUUCAAAUUAGUCAAAAUAGCCUAUUUAUGUUUUGGGUUUUUUGUGGCUGUUAGGACCUAAAAUUUGAAAUCCCAGUUUAAUUCAUAUUGAAUUCCCAACAAUUCAUACUUUUAGUAAAUAUCUCUGUGUUGAAGAUUUUUAACUUUACAUUGUGGAAGAGAUUUGUUAGUUAAUGUAAAGUUGAUCUUUAACCCCUUAAGGACACAUGACAUGUGUGACAUGUCAUGAUUCCCUUUUAUUCCAGAAGUUUGGUCCUUAACAGGUUAAACCCAAUAAUUCUAUACUGUUGUAUGGAGUUUAUUAAUUAGCUUAAUUUUUCAUCAUAGAUCAAUUCACCUUUUCCUCCACACCCCUCUCCUCCUCUGUAUUAUAAUCUUAUGAAUGCUUACAAGGACUGCUAUCUGGGCUGUUAUAUUUCUAAAUUAUUGUGAAAUAAACCCACAUUUCUGUAUCCAAAUUUGAUUUUGCUUUAUAUAUUCUACAAAUAAAUUAUAUGGUAAAUCUACAAGGUGCGUGUGUAAAAACCAUACCAUAUGUUUUGUGAUGAUCUGCAGUGGUUUAUAAAUGUAUAGAGGUCUGCUUCUGAUAUCUACUCCUGUCCCUGCAUUUGCUGGAUCAAAUAUAUUUUUUAAAAGAAUCAGUGAUUUUUUUUAAUGAUGCAGAUACAGUGACAUCUUCAAUGCUGGCUGGUAGAUGACGGAUACUCAUCAGCCUUACUGCUUGUUCAGUUAUAUUUCUGCCCAUUUGUUUGGUAAGUGCUUUUUUCAUUUUAUAGCCUGCGGAUGACUUGUGUUUCAGACACAUAGCUCUUUUUAAAACAGUGCACUGAGAUCUCAACAUGCCUGCAAUUGAAUAGGCUGUUUCGAAAAGAGACAUCUUGAUUAGAAAUGUCUGAUUUGGGCCAUACUUGAAAAUGCUUGAAAAUUAAAGAUAUUAAAAAAACAAAAACAAACCUCAAAUGUGAUAUCCAUUAUAUACCACCCAUACCCUGUACAGUUAUACAAAUUCAGGACAAGAAAUAAAAAUAGCAAUAUCAUAAUAGUUGCAAUGUACUUACACUUUGUUUUAAUAUAAAGAUAUACACAUUUUAGCAUAUGAUACUUUGUCACUCGUACUAUUAGAUAACACAUUGUAUGACUCACAUGCAUGCUAUUAUAGGACCUAUUCUGACUCACACACAUUCCAUAAGGAUGCAUUAUUAGACUCCCACACACUGCAUAGUAGAAUACCCUACUGGGUCCUGAAAGAAAGCUGUUUUUACAGCUUUGAAUUAAAGAAUUAGCUAGCCUGAAAUAAUCUUUCUCCUUCAUCUAGAACAGGGGUGGGCAAUCUUUGGCCCUUCAGAUGUUAAGGGCUACAUCUUCCUUGAUGCUUUGCUAGCAUUAUGGCCCUAAAAGCAUUAUGGGAGAUGUAGUCCAAAACAUCUGGAGGGCCGAAGAUUGCCCACCCCGAUCUAGAAAAUACCUUUUAAAGGGUUAUAAUAAGGACCAUACCACUACAGAGUGAUGUGGUUGCAGUGCUGGGAGUCCCCUGCUGCCAUCUGGUGGUAAGCUAUCAAAUCAUUUAUAAGUGGUUUGAGAGUGUCAGUGGUUGGCUCUAAACUAAUAAAACAUGGCUAUUCUUGGUUGAUAUGAUAAUGCUCAAAUCUGAAUCUCAACUUUAGUUUAUCAUCUCCGAUCACGGUGCGGGUUGACCGUUCGUCAGUUAGCGACAUGGGACCCCUGCUACACUAGUGAUUAUGAUGCUUAGGGUAUACCUUUGAAUGAUUGCAUGAGGAUUUGAUGUCUUUGUGCAUAUUAUUGUUUCCAAUAUCUCACUAUAAUAUACUAAAUUUUAAAGGCAGUAUGACUGUUAUAGAGUUAAAACCAGGCAUUUUAGCAUGCAAUGAAUUUGUUUGAAACGGACCAUACAUUGCAUUGUAUUAAGAGUUGAAGUACCUUGUAAAAAGCACUUAGUAGAAUUCACAGUUUUAUUUUUCCUUGAAAUAUUUAGGCUAAAAUAGCUCAUCUAGAAGAUAAGCAAAGUUGGGGGGGAAAAGUGAAUAUUUUACAGUUCAGAUAACUUUUGUGCAAAUUGUAUAGAUCUGCUGUUUAUAUUUUGUAUCAGAGCCGCUACAUUUUCAAAAUUGACAAUUUACCUUAAUAUUGACAAUUUAAGGUCUAAGUGGCAAAAUGCUCAUCACUGUAUUAUUUUUUUAUUUUAUUUUUUGUUCCAGCCAUUUUAUUUUCCAUCCAAAGACGGACAUUCUUGAGAAGGCCUGUAUUUCCUGGGUAUGGGCUACAAAAAUGUAAUAAGUCAGGGAGUGCGUAUUUAAGAAUACUGGACGAAUUACUGAUGGUCCCAUUAUUCCUCAGGCAGUGAAAUAUGUGGAAUCCAGUAACAGCUGCCACAAAGGCUUACCUGCAUGUGUUGGGAGUCAUAAUCUAGCUAUAACUACAUAUUACUAUGUUGUGAUGACAAUGGUACUUGUAGGCUUUUUAUGUAUAUGUGCCAUAACAAAAAGAGGUGCAGUUUAGAGAGGUAGUGUAGCUUUUAUCUUUUGUGUCCCGGUGGUGGAGCUCACUUCGCAGUGGAUUACUACUACUGAUUGUUGUGAAUUUGCUUCAUUACGUUUCCUAUUAAACAUAGGUACACAAUGCCAAGUGUUUAUCGCUCCACACUUCAUUGAGCCAAUCUUUAUUUUGUUUUCCAAUUGAUGUGCAAUAUAAUGAAAUGUAUGAUCUGUAAUGUAAAAAAAAAUAGUGUAUUAUAAGACUACAGUAUAUUAUAUUACAUUUGACUGUUCAGGGUUGG